GUUGUCAUUCAUCGCGCAUUGAGAACUCAACCCGAUAAUGUGUUCGUCCGCGGAUAGUAAAUGCAUAAAAUCGCACAAUUUUACCAUCCCACGAUGAUACAUUUUUUUGAUACCGAGGUGUGCAAUUGUGAUACAUGUGGACAAUGUGAAUGGAAAAACAAGAGGCGGUUUUUAAUUUUGACGUUGCUCACUUGAGAUGGAAAAAGAAGUUUAGACUUGCUUAUUUCGUGAACGUGAACGAGGACCCGCUCUAAAAGUGACUGAAUAAAAAUGCGCAACAUUCAUUCGUUACUACGAGAAACAAGCAAAUGAAGCUGGUAGCAGUAUUUUGUCUCGUUGUGGCUUCGGCCACAUGCGAGGUAAUGAAAGCAUACCCUCAAAGAGACUUAGCGUGGUGGGAAAGGGGUGUCAUUUAUCAAAUUUACCCCAGGUCGUUCAAGGACUCAGACGGUGAUGGAGUCGGCGAUCUGAAGGGUAUCGCAGAGAAAGUCGAUUACCUUUCGAAUUUAGGUAUCAAAGCGGUGUGGCUUUCUCCUAUUUUUCGUUCACCAAUGGUUGAUUUCGGCUACGAUAUCUCUGACUUCAGAGCUAUUGAACCUAUGUUCGGAACCAUGGAAGAUUUCGAAGUACUGAAGGAGUUAUUCCAGAAAAAUGGACUGAAAAUAAUUCUUGACUUCGUGCCGAACCAUACAAGUGAUCAACACGACUGGUUUGUACGAUCCGUCGCAAGAGAGGACCCUUACACAAAUUAUUACGUUUGGGUUGAUGCUAAGUAUGUAAAUGGGACCAGAUCACCCCCAAAUAACUGGCUAUCAGAUUUUGGAGGGUCAGCGUGGACUUGGAAUGAAAAACGGAAGCAAUACUUCUUACAUCAGUUCCACCAUAAACAGCCCGAUUUGAACUACAGAAAUCCUCUCGUGGUUCAAGAAAUGAAGGAUGUUUUGACAUACUGGAUGGACAAAGGAGUCGAUGGUUUUAGAAUGGACGCUGUGAUGACGAUUAUCGAAGAUGAUCAGCUGAGGGACGAGCCGCCAUCCAACAAACCAGACGUCCUGCCCACAGACGUCGAAUUCCUCACUCACAUCCACACUAGGGAUCAGCCAGGAACGUAUGACAUCAUUAAACAGUUCCGAAAGCUCCUGGACGACUAUUCGGCCAAAACUGGCACUGUCAAGUUCAUGGCGACGGAAGCGUACUCAAAUUUAACAAACACGAUGAAAUACUACGGAGACACAUACUACCCUGGAGCUCACUUCACAUUCAAUUUCGGACCAAUCACUGGACUAUCUGCUCAAUCAAACGCAAAGAAAUUCAAAGAAGUGAUCGAAAACUGGUACAGAUAUCUUCCAGAAGGCAAAUGGUCUAACUGGGUGCUCGGAAAUCACGACCAACAACGCGUGGCCUCUCGCUACGGCAUCGACAUGUUGGACGGACUGCACAUGCUUCAAAUGUGCCUUCACGGUACCUCCGUGUCGUAUUCGGGUGAUGAGAUCGGAAUGACCGGUCCCUUCAUCCGGUGGGACCAGACCAAGGAUCCCCCAGCCCUCAACGUUGGACCUGAACGGUAUCUGAGAUUUACCAGGGAUCCCGCCAGGACUCCCUUCCAGUGGGCCUCAUGCACCAGUGCAGGAUUUUCGACGAACCCGAAGACUUGGCUCCCCGUCAAUCCUAACUACUGGUCGCACAACUUGGUCACAGAGAAGAAGAAGAACAGAAGCCACCUGAAAAAUUAUCAGAAGCUCCUGGCCUUGAAAGAAUCGCCUGUCAUACAGUUUGGCAACUUGAACGUUUACACACUAUCCGAUUGGGUGCUUGUCGUAACAAGGGCUCUGGAAGGACACCCAACUUAUGUGGUCGUACUGAAUAUCGGCUCAGAAAUAGAAUAUACGACAAAACUAAGCGCUGUCGCGAACCUCCCUGAACAACUCAAAUUACAUAUCUGCAGUCUUAACUGUGGGUACACGCCUGGAGUUCAACUUCAUACUGAGAAAAUCCAGCUCCGACCUAAAGCGGGUAUGGUCUUAUCAACCCAGAAAGGUGUUCAAGCUAGCAGAGAAGCCGAUGAGUCAAGUUCAGAACUUCAAAUGGAAUAAUUGUCCUAGUGAUAGCGCGAGGAUGCGCAUUAAGUAUCAUGGGUCAACAGCUCUAGCAAAACAAGAAAAGAAAAAAAAGAAGAAAAAUAAUGGACAAGAUGUAUAUUGAUAUUUCCAUUUUAGAUCACGCGAUGGAUUAGAAUGUAACAAAUGUAUGGUUGACUAAUUUUCAAAUCAUCCAUAAUCAAUGGAGUAGCAUAUAUUCUUGACCACGAAAAGUCGGUAAAAUAUCACGCAGUAAUACUAUUCAUUACACAUGCCUCGCUUAAGAAUUUUAGAAAAGACCAGUUCAUAUAUCAUAGGAAAGAAAUUAAUCCUGGAAGGAUUAUUUUUUUGUAGAACUUCGUCUUAAUGCUUCAUUGCAGUGCUAUUUUGAUGCGAAAUAUGAAGCGCCUUCAAAAUGAAAGAACGCAAUUUCGUACACCCGUCUGAAUUCACCAGUGUUUAUUCUGCAUCUAGAUUCGGGCGCCACGUAAAGACUCAAGUUAAUACUCUUUCAUGACAGAAUGGGUUAUUGUUCUAUCAACUACAGUUAAUUAAAAUUUAAACUCAUGAAUGAGGCUGAAAAAAUUUCACUCUCUAACAGUUCUGUUCCGAAAAUUGCGGUGCGCCUCAUGCAUUCAUACCCUUAAACAACAAUUUUUUGUAACAGUAAACUUUUUCGUAAAUCGUAAUACUAAUCUCAUCUAUUCAAGUUGAGAUUCGGUAAAAAAAAUUCAUUUUGAAGUAUUCUUAAUUUUGCAAUACAAUCUUUCUACAUAAUAUAUGUCGUUCAUCUCAAUAUGGUAUAUACACUGUGAAUAGAAUCUUAUUAACGUAAGUAAUGCAUGUAUCUUCAAGGCAAUGUGCAGAUAAAUGUUUUAAGGCACUACAGUACAAAGAAAUUCCAGGGAAAUGAAGAGGUAAGAGUGAGAGGGACUUAAGUGCAAUUACACUUAAUGACUUUAUUUGAUAAUGCAUUAAUUUAAAAUGUCACCACGUGGAAAAAAAUGCAUUAAUUUUCUUCAGAAUGAAUGCAGAUUUUCUUUUGAAAUUCUGUGUGAAUUUUCUUUGUGAUGUGGCGAAAAUGUCAUACAAUUUUGGAAACAGUUCACAUCCGUAAAAAAAUUAAGUUGUCAGGUAAAACUUGGAAACAUUGUGAUGCAUAAGCCCCUCUAGUUCUCAAUCUUUGUAAUAACAAAGUCAGGUAUUAGAAAAAGAAGCUAACGUCAGUUUUGUUGAUAUUUUUCUUCUAUUUUUUCUUUUUUAAGUCGAAUGAAACGACCAUCGUGAGGAAGUAAGUCUAUUUGUUUAACUUUAAGAGUUUUAAGCUUCAUCUCUGUGGGAUCAGCCCAGGAACGCGGACACAAAAUCAUGACAGUGAUAAGUUCGAUUAGUAUAUGGCUCAUAACGAACAUCGGCUCUAGCUGCUUAGAUUGCAUGCCCCUGUGUCGAGCCUAAAAAUUUCUAGGUGAAAAUGCCGGGAAAAACUGGAAAAAACACCAGGAAAAACUGCGCGGAUUCGAACAGAACUUGCACAGUACGAGAAACACGAUGGAUGACACAACCGGUGCAUACUUCACGACUCAGCACUGAGGUAGUCCGUCCUUUCCGGCAUUGAAUUCGGAAACGCAGAGGCGGAUCCAGCAAUUUGGCAACACCGGAUUCUCUCCAUUUAAACCUAUGUAAAAUAAUCGAUUUUUGUCGGAGCACCUGGUUCAUCCAAGAAUAUUUACAUUUCCAUAGGUUAAUAUGGAGAAAAGACAAUGUUGCCAAUUUGCUGAAUCCGCCACGUUACCGCCACUGUGGCGGAUUCAGCAAACUAAAUCCGCCACGUUACCAGUAACAAAGCGUCCGAAGUCAAUGACGCCACAAAUGGCACACUUGUUAAUAAAUUGUCCAUUUUUUGUCCUAAGAAUUAGGAUAGGAAGAGGAUUUCAAAAAGAUCUCAGGAAAGUAUUUUUGAUUAAUUUCGUUUCAAGUUAUGCCAGUCCUUAGGAUGUGACCUGUUUUUUUUUCUGUAAUAUAAGUUUAUUUAUUUUUUGUUGUAAGCUAUGCACUGUGAUACGAAGAGUGAGUGCAGAGUUGACGGAAUCAUUUUAGUUUCAUUUCACUGCAAAAUUCUUAUUUCAUUGGAUUGGAGACAAGCGCCUAAAGUUCAAGCUCUCAAAAUGGAGAAAUUUCGACCCUCGUGCAAAUUCAAAUCAACGGGUCCUUUUUAAAAGUACAAUGCUUUCCGUUCCGUAAUUCAUAAUCAUCCACAGUCACAUGAAAAUGGCUUGGUACUCUCCUGUUAUCAGAGUUUCCCCUUUGUCGCAGAAAAAAAAUCCUUUAAGGAAUUUUGAACUUAGUGAAAAUUGUUCAUACAAGCGCGGCACUUGCAGUGAUUCGAAGUUAAAAUGUUUUCAAACUACCACCCGAAUCCAUGAAUUCAAUCUUCGUUCGUUAAGCUUUAAGUAUAAAUUAUUUUAGUUAUUAAAAUGUAUUAAUUUAUUGUAUUACAUUAAGUCAAACUUUAAUUAUUUUUGUCGCAGAUACAGGGAAUAGGAAAUGGCACAAGAAGGCAAAUGACCAAAACAGGUAAUUUAAGAGAUUCCGUGCAUAAAUGACCCAAAUUGAUUUUUUCUUAACGUUCUUGAUUUAGACCCUUCUUGAUUUUGUUCCGAGAGAGACAGAUAUGAAACAAAAACAUCAAAUGAAUUACAUUUUGCAAUAAGGAACUACUAUUUGUAGCCCAUUUUAGAGACAUUAUACAUGCCAUUGGUUUCCCUAUGCAUAUAUGUGCUUUCAUAGGAGAACCAGAGAUAGUGAUCUUCCUUAUUGCAAAAUGUAAUCCAAAAAUAUCAACACCGUUGAUGCUACCGUAAAAAAGGAAAUAACCUUAAUUCUCAUUUUAAAAGAUUUAUCAUGCAUUUAAUUGCACUCUCAAAGAAUAUUAUUAUUCAUUGUAAUUUUCUUAUUGAUGUAUAUGUUUUACUGAAAACUUUUUUCCACGAAAAAUGUGAUACUCCUUCUAGUAUCAUUUCAUUUGUAAUCAAAGCUAUAAAUAUUGGAUAUCUGAAGUAAGGCGAACGCCGCUCAAAUGAGGGACAAUAAACUUAAAUAUUACCAAGAACAAUACAUACUUAUAUCAAGUAAGGGAAAUUGUUAAACCAAGCAUCACGUUAUAAAAGCUUGAAUUGGCGCUGUCCUAUUCCGAGCGUAUAUUCCGUAUCCUUCAAAGUUAAUGACUAAAAAUACUACAAAUUACAUGGAUCUGAUUCAAAUUGUAUAUACUUGUUUCAUUUUGAAGUUGUGAAAAAGACAUUCAUUCAGUGUUAGCAUUGGCUUGAUUUUCCAUGCCAUGACAAAUAAAAUAGGAAGCGUGGUUUCAUAACAAGCUUGGAAGUCGAGAAAAACUCACUCUCGUUAAAAUCGUUACUUGAUUAAGUUCCACUGAUCUACAACAAGACUUUCAGUUUCGCAAAUAAUUGAAAAUACAAUGUACAUACAGUGUAUACUCCAAUCUUAGUUAGUCAAUGAAAAGAGUAAGGUUCUCCGGAUAUGAUUUUCCUAACAUCAGAUAUGACUUUACAAAAUCAGAACUUAAGAGCCACCAGAUCAUCAGUGGCGAUUGAAGCCACCUUUGUUGAACUAAGUAUUUCUUAUUUAUUCGACCUACUAUUUAGUUUCUGAAAUGGCCGCUAGCCGCGUGAUAUAAUAGUAACAAAUUCAUAUAAUGGAUUUUAGCAUUAAGAUCAUGUUUCCUUCUUUUUAUUAUUUAUUUUCUGUGAAAUUUUCUAUUCCGUAAUAAUUUACUUUCAGCAUAGGAACAACGUAACUAAAAUGCGUACGUAUCAAAAAGAGCCUAAGUACAACACAAUUUGACUUACAUGUGUAGAAAUAAAUAAUUUUCAACAGACAAUUUCAAAUUUUAUCAGAAAUAAUAUUUUUUUGAAAUUGAACGAAGUUUCGUGUAUAAGUAAAAUUGUAAGGAAAGAAAAAAAUCGAAAUCUUCACUUUAAUUCUGCUUAUAAAAAGCUAUUGAAUGCAAAGGAUUCACUUAUAAUUAAUGUAAAUCUUUUGAUAAAAUUAAAAGAUUGAUAUAGUUUUGAA